AUGCUUUCAAUCCGUCAAAACGCCUCGGAAGCCGGUGCGGCCGAAGCGAACCCGUUCAAACUUUACCACUACGAUCCCUCCAUCGCCGCCGCCGUCAUCUUCGUCUUGCUCUUUCUCGCAACAACUCUCCUUCACUGCUGGCAGCUGGUCAAGUCCCGCUGUUGGUUCUUCGUCCCCCUGGCCAUAGGAGGUCUUUUGGAAGCCAUUGGGUAUGCCGCUCGCGCCAAGUCGGGAAGCGAGAGCCCCGACUGGACCCUAGGGCCCUACAUUAUUCAAGCAAUCCUCUUACUCGUGGCCCCCGCCCUGUACGCCGCCUCGAUCUACAUAGAGCUGGGCCGGAUUAUUUCUGUCAUUGACGGGGAGGGCCAUGUCAUGAUUCCAAAGGCAUGGAUGACGAAGGUCUUUGUAACAGGGGACAUUCUUUCGUUCAUACUUCAGGGUGGCGGGGGCGGCUACCAAGCCUCGGGAAGCCUCGAAGCCUUGCAAACGGGCGCCAAGAUCAUCAUUGCCGGUCUAUUCGUCCAACUCAUCUUCUUUGGGUUUUUCAUCGUCGUCACCGUGGCCUUCCAUCGCUCCAUCAACAGAGCGCCCACCGGCCGCGCCAACAGCAGCAUUCCCUGGAGGAGACACAUGAGAGCUCUGUACCUGGGGAGUGUGCUCAUCAUGGUCCGAUCCGUGUUCCGUGCCGUCGAGUACCUCCAGGGUUUCGACGGGUACCUGCUGAGCCACGAGGCGUAUCUCUACUUCUUCGAUGCCACCCUUAUGGUUCUCGUCAUGGUUCUGUUCAACCAAGUCCACCCCGCCGAGAUCGCGGCCGUCCUGUCGGGCGGCGGGUACAAUGAGGAAUGGAAGAUGGGUGCGCUGCCGCGAUACAACAUGGAGAGGUUGUGA